AUGGUGACGAAAGUAGCAAAUGAGUCGGUUCGCUUAUCUGACUGGAGUGAGGCGUUGCAAUAUGGGGGCAAUUAUCUUGAUGAGGUGACAACUAUGGAGCCACCCGGGCUGCUUGAGAUCAUCCGGAAGCAUCGUGAGGCUGGAGCGGCCAUAGAGCUUAGUCCCUACGUGGAGCUCUGCGCUAAGCUGACCACGUCCACUGGAAACGAGUUCUGGUGUACCUCGAGUGCGCAGUUGAUGUCGCGUCAGAAAUGCGACAGUCUGCUCCUUGGAACCUUGGUCAUGGGCCUCCUGAAGAAGGGACUUCCCAUCACGGCAGAGCAGCCUGCGGAACAAUAUCUUGGCAGCUUGUCACUCUUAAGAGCUGCUCUCAGCGACCUACAGCUCUUUCAUAGUCACAAGAUUCGUCUCCUCAAGCAGGCGCGAAAGACUGGGGUAGAUAGAAUUCUCGUGUUUAUGAAGCCGACAGAAGCGCAAGGUCCUCAGACAAAGGCAUUAAAGACCAAUCGUAUGGUGCUUGUAUCCAACAAGAACACAACGUAG